AUGGGUUCUUGCAUUAGCAAAUGCAGGCCCAGAAGACACAUGAUAGAUGAACUCAAUCAUGUCCAAGACAAGCUGGUAAUCUCACAAGCUCCAUCUAGAUUAGCUGCUCCUCCAAUUUCUGCUUCAAACAAAAUCUCCCCCUCUCCUCCAUCCCCUUCCAAUUCCACUUCCUCUGCUUCUUCCUUCACUUGCACCACCAACACAAGCACUUCCCACACCAGCAGCUCACUGACCUCAACCCUGUCAAGUGCUUCUUCAGUCUUGAGUUCGAAAAUCGAUCGGUCUUUCUCCAACGAGUUCUUGUGGUCAUGUUACAAGGAAAACCCACAUGUAGUUCGGAUUAAUUCACUCAAAGAAGCAAGCUUUUCCUCAUCAUCACUGCCACAGAAGCCGCUUUUGCCAGCAGCAGUGAAGAAGAAGCAGCCAAACCUGAAAAACGCAAAUGCGUCUGUUACACCUCAGAAGAGAGUGAGGUCAAGUUCACCAACCCCAUUAACAAGACAAAAGAGCUUCCGAAAAGAGCCAGAGAGGCCGCCUAUGAUCUCUGCAUAUUCUCACCCAAGUAGAAUCUUGAGGUCACCUUCUCCAAGCAGAAGGUUCAACAUGGCAAACCCACCAAAAGAAUCAAGCCAUUCAAAGCCUAACGCGUUGAAUCUCAGGCCUGCAGCAAGUUCAAAUUACAGCAAUUCAAGCCGGCUGCUUAGACCUUAUUUGAGGAGCAGAGAAACAGAGACGCGCAUUCACAGGAUCAGCUCCAAAAUUGAUGAGGUUGCAGUUGGAGAAGCUCUAGCUGACAAUAUGGACUCUCUUCCAGCUGAGGACAUUGACAACCCCUUAAUCUCUCUCGAUUGUUUUAUCUUCCUCUAG